AUUUCAGCAUUCAACCGCUAGAGGGCGCUGCUCCCCUUUCGCAGCUGCCACAUAGUCCCGCUGUUGAUCCUGCAGGAGGGCAGUCCGGUUGCGCACUAACAGUCCGUCUGACUCCAACAGCAGCGCACAUCUGUCCCGACGCGUCCUCGUCAUCCGGGAGGAUAAAGGAUUCUCGCCGCGACAAAAACCUUAACAUGGAUUUCUUCAUCAUGUUUCCUUGUCCCUGCAACUAAGUUUCCUUGAAUCCAUCCAAAGUGGAAAAGAGGAGCGGAACUUUGCGCGGACCCUUUUCCGGGGAAGACUGCGCAGACCUCCGUGACGGGAAUCCCUGUUGACAAGGAGUCCCCGCAGCUCGACUGUGGAAGUGGAUGUUUGGGGUGGAACUUUGCCGUCCAAGUAUACACAUAGAAGCCCAGCAGCCGUGGUAAAUAGCGGAUGAGGGGGUCGGGAUGCGAGCCUUGGUCUUGUCUCGGAUAGCGGACUGGCGAUGAGGAGGGAGAUCAGCUGAAGAGAAGCAGACCUCACCGCACCAACAGGAUGCGGGAGCGGGGCCCCUGUAUUUGUGGAUUUGGUCUGUGGAGUCUACUGCUGUCGCUUUGUCUGGCCUCGCUCACUCAUGCACACAGAAGCCACACAGUGCACGUCAAGGCAGGCACGUGUGAGGUGAUUGCCGCCCAUCGCUGCUGCAACAAGAACAAGAUCGAGGAAAGAUCUCAGACGGUCAAAUGUUCCUGCUUCCCCGGACAGGUUGCCGGCACCACUCGGGCCAUGCCCUCUUGUGUUGAUGCGUCCAUCGUUGGCCAGAAGUGGUGGUGCCAGAUGCAGCCUUGCAUGGACGGGGAGGAAUGUAAAGUUCUUCCAGACCUCACAGGAUGGAGCUGCAGCACAGGCAACAAAGUCAAGACCACAAAGGUAACCCGAUAGUUUUGUCUGCCUCGAAAAAGGACGACUCUCGUGGUGAUCGAGGACUAUGGACUUGCAAGAACAUUCUUAUCCAAAUGGACUUCAGUGACGAUUCAGUGGUUUCAUUUCUCUGAGGACAUCGAGUAGAGUUGACUGGAAAAAGACGAGCCUUAUGUCGCCCGUCACCUGAAACACAACUGACCCCAAACUGUGUCGCUGCAAAGGCCUGCACAUGACGACAUCCUUCUCUGCCUUCUCUGAGAUGAUAAAACUCCCACAAGUGAAGGCAAAAUACUUUUUUUUUCCUUCAGCAAACUGUAUUAUUAAAUCUCUUCUAUGACUUAGUAGCGUUCCAUACAGGCAUAUGCAUACAGGGAAUUAUUUGGCUAUGGAUUUUGGAAAGAAAAUAUUUUAAAAAAUGAUCAUACUCUGUUGACACUAUAACAUGAAAAACUGCAAAACAUCAAAUCUGUCAAAAUGUUUCCUAAUAAUAAAACCUGUAACACUUUGCAGGUCACAUACAUAGAAAGUGUUUUUUUUUUUUUUUAAUUGGGAUCUUCUUCAUAUUUUGGUUUUGGACCGAGGAAUAAAUCUGUUCAGGUACGGUUUCAAGUAUCUAGUAUGAAGUAGAUGUUAUGGUAUACGUGUAAAAAUGGUCCAUGGGAUUAUUGGGGCUUCAAAGAAAUUGAUGCUCAAAUGGUUUUAAUAUCUGUGUUUUUAAACCUGUUAACCGCUGUGUCAGUAUUAUAUGAAAUGAAUAAAGCCUUUAAAAAGGGAGUAGAAUAUCUCUGAAAAUGACUCACAGUUCAUUCCAAUAAAAUUCACUUCCCAUGGAAUCCUAGCCAAUAAAAGAAUUUGUCCAUGUAUAGUUUUUGGUUUUGUUAACUCUAAGGACUCUAAUUUCGUAGCGCAGCGCAAAGCGGCGCAGGGUGGCGGUGGUAAUUUGGUCCAGUGCACCACUGUGAUCGGACAAUUUGGUCAUUUGGAAGACUGGACUGCUCCGAGAUGGCGGCGCACCAGAGGAGGAGUCCACAUUUUCAGCUUGGCACAGUGACAAUUUUGUGACAAAACAGCCCGCCAAGG